AUACCUUGAGGAGACCAACUGUACUACACAAACAAGAGCAUCAGCUUGCAACGACAGGCUAAAUGUUAAUUUGUUUUGCUUCUUGGUGUCAUAACUUGGCUUGGACAUGGAUGGUGUGUGCUCCUUCGACGCAGCGGGAUUACAGGACGAGCCAGGCGUCAAUGUGACAGACAGCAGAGAGGCUGGAGGAGAUGGAGGAGAGGCCAGAGAAGUUUAGAGGAAGAGAGGCAGGAGGAAGUAGAGAAGGAGAGGCUGGAGCAGCUGAAGGAAGAGAAGCAGGAGGAGGUAGAGAAUGAGAGGCUGCAGCAGAUGAAGGAAGAGAAGCUGAAAGAGAGGCUGCAAAUUCACAGGAAACUGAUCCACCUGGAGAGAGUGGCAGUAAUCAGGAGGAUAUUCUGGACAAGCCAAACUAACCUGACCCAAAAAACAUUCCAGCUCAACAGCUAUCAAACAGGAUUCUCCAUUUCCAAGCAAGUCGGUACAAGCAGUAUCCAUGGUUGCACUAUAGCUCCUCCAUCAAGUGUGUUCUGUGUUUUCACUGUGUGAAAACAUACACCAUAAAGAAAAGUGAACUGUCCAAAAAGGCAGACCCUGCUUUUUCAUCAAAAGGAUUCAGUAAUUGGAAGAAUGCACUUGCCAGUUUUCAGCGGCAUCAAAACAGCAAAUCCCACCACCAUGCCAUGACAGUUAGUGCUCAGGAGAGAAGCCCAAUAGAUACACAGGUCUCAAGUGCAUGGGCCCAACAACAAGAUGAUGCAAGGCACUGCCUGCAAAAUAUUGUGUGAUCAAUACAGUACCUUGCCAGGCAGGGCAUAGCACUGAGAGGCCAUGAGGCACAAGAUAGCAAUCUAUUUCAGCUUUUGAAAUUCAAAGCCAAUUUAGCCAAGGAUGAUGCACGUCUCCGUGCUUGGCUAACUCGCCGUCAUGACUAUACCUCUCCUCAAGUGCAAAAUGAGAUUUUGCAAAUGUUAAGAAACUGUAUUGUCAGGAGUAUUGCACAGUCCAUCCAGUUGCUUCCAGUUUUGCAGUACUCGCUCAUUAUUGAUGGCACACAAGAUGUCUCAGGAACAGAGCAAGAGUCCAUUUGUUUAAGAUAUGUGGACCAUGAACUGGUACCACAUGAGGUUUUUAUUGGUUUGUAUGAGGUCCCUUGUACCACUGGAGUUGAGAUCGCAAAAAUGGCUUGAGAUGUCCUUUUGAGGCUCAAUAUUUCCAUUUCUGGGUUAAGAGCCCAGACAUAUGAUGGUGCUGCGAAUAUGUCAGGCAAAUAUUGUGGAGCACAAGCAGAACUGAACCAGUGUGAGUGGCAACCAUUAGCAUUGUUUGUGCGUUGUGGGGCACACUGUCUUAACCUGAUCACACAGUCUGCAUGCAGAGCCAGUCCUUUGAUAAAUGAUUCCUUGCAGUGGGUGCAUGAGCUAGGAACAUUAAGCAAACAAUCUGGAAAAUUCAAAAACAUAUUUUCUUCAGCAGUAAGUUCAGAAGGACCAGUGAAGUCACUCAGACCAAUUUGCCCAACCAGGUGGACAGUAAGAGGAAAAGCAAUCAGAGCAGUACUGUCUCAGUAUGAACGUGUUUUGUCUAGCUUGGAGGAGAUGGCAUCAAGUAGGUCUAACACAGGCAUGAGAGCAAAUGGUCUGCAAGAGAGGUUUGAGAAAGGGAAAACUGUGCUUGUACUUUGUCUGGCAUUAGAAGUGAUAGAGGAGCUGGAGUGUCUGAGCACAUCUCUACAAAAAAGGACUGAAACUGUUGCAGGGAUGAGAAGUGCCGUAGAUUGUGUCAGAUCUACUGUAGAUGGCAAAAUAAGUGAGGAGAGCUUUCAUGAGGUUUUUGAGAAAGCAGUGGCAAUGGUUGAUUCUCUUGGGAUUGAGCCCAUCCAGAUUCCUCAUCAAAGAAAGCCACCAAAACGAUACAAGAGUGAGGUUAGCCAGCACACUCCCAAGUCAGCUGAGGAGCAUUAUAGAACAGAGUUCUACAAAAUGUUAGAUAGUGUGCAUAUUCAGUUUGAGGAGAGGUUCAACCAACCAGAUCUAGAUGUUUUGCAGAAGCUGGAGGAAACUCUCCUGACUGGAGAAGUGAAGGACAUUGUUGAUCAAUACCCAGAGCUAAACAGGGACAGAUUAAAGGUCCAACUAGCCAUGUUUAUGUCCAAAUACACUUUCAAAUCUAGUGCUGAAUUUGCUGACAUAAUGACAGGUUUGACAGUUGAUGUGAGAGGCUUGUUUGAUCAAGUUGAAUCCCUUAUUAGGCUGCUUUUAGUCAUCCCAGUUUCAUCAGCUUAGGCUGAAAGAAGUUUCAGUGCUCUUAGGAGACUUAAAACAUAGCUUAGAACCACCAUGACACAAGUAAGACUGAACAAUAUUGCUGUGUGCCAUGUCCAUCAGGGAAAACUGGACAAUACUGACCUGGGAGAAAUCUGCAAGCAGUUCAUUUCUGUUACAGACCGGCGGAGGCAUGUGUUUGGCUCUUUCAAUUAGGAACAACCAGUGGACAGUAAUCUGCUUGUAUUUACAGUACAAAAGCAGCAAUAGAAAGAAGUACCGGUAGAUGAAGGGAAAAAUUGUGAGUGAUUUAAACACAAGUUGGGGAAAAUAUUAUAACAGUUAAUUUAUGUUUAUUUACAAUGUUGUAUUUAAUUAAUGUAUUUCUGAUGUUGUUGAUGGACAGUAGGCUAUGUUAAUUGACAGUAUGAUGGACAGUUGCACUACAGCCCUACACUAAAGAGUAAAGAUGAGAACUCUUCGAAGUUGUCUCCUUUGCUUUCAUUUUAGUUGCUUUACCCUAUAACAUCUGCAUGACGUGAAAUCAUGAUUGCUAAUGUAAAAAAAAAAGUAAACUUUCAGAGUGCUGCCUUGGAACACUUUUGUGUCCCCACCAAUCUCAAAAUCAAACCUACUCCCUUAGGUGACCUAUAGAUGUUUAGUUGAGACAGGUGAAGAGUGAAUCGCAAUAGAGCGACAAUACAACUACAGCAUGAAUGAUCAUUUCUAGUUUAGAAUGAGAAACUAUAGAUCUCUGUGAUGAGGUGACGACUUGUCCAGGGUGUACGCCGCUUUCUGCCCGAUUGUAGCUGAGAUAGGCACCAGCGCCCCCCACGACCCCAAAAGGGAAUAAGCGGCAGAAAAAGGAUGGAUGGAUGGAAACUAUAGAUCUGAGAUUUAGAAAUGUUUAUAAGGUGGAAAAAACAGGCAGGAGCCAGUUAAACUUUCGACGUGGUCAUCAAAAAGCAUGGUGUGGUUAAAUGUGACCCCAAGAUUUCUCAGACUGGAGUGCACAUUUGCACCAAGGGACCCUAAGCAGCUGCCUACGUUAGAAGUUGAAGUGUUAGGGGCAAUGAUUAACACCUCCGUUUUGGAAUAAUUCAGAUCAAUCAAUCAAUUUUUAUUUAUAUUGCCCUAAAUCACUAGUGUGUCAAAGGGCUGCACAAACCACAACUACAUCCUCGAUAAAGAGCAUUACGAGCCAUCCAGUCUUUAACUUCAGUCAGACAAUCAUCGAGCAUGCCCUAUUAGGGUUAAAUGAGAAAUAUAACUGAAGGUCAUCUGCAUACAGACCCAGCUGCUAUACAGAAUUGCACACUGUUUUUUGUGUUUUUGCACACUGACAUUUUUUCCCCGAUGAAACCAGAGUUGUUUUGUAUAUAUUUUAAAAAUUAUCUUUUAAGGGCUUCAUUUUGUGUUUUUAGUUGUUCACUGUGUCUGUCUGGCACGGGUAUAUUCUUCAGCAUGUUAUGCUAUUUUAGUGCUUUUUAAUUUAUUUUAUUGUAUUUUUUAAAUCUUGUGUUUUUCUAUGCUGCUGGAAAUGUGAAUUUAUUUUGGAGAUUAAUAAAGUAUCCAUCCUGACAAGACUGCAAAACAGAUUUGACAACCGCAAUCAGAGAAAGUUGGAGCAAGACUGAUGAAGAGUACUGUUUAUUAUUUGUGAAGUCCAUGCCUCAGAGACUGCAAACCGUUAUAAAAGCCAGAGGUGGUGCAACCAA